AUGGAGAUCCGCACGAACUUUCGACUCUUGGACAAGACCGCCGUUGCCGCAGUGGUGGAGCGUGUAAUGAAAGACUAUCCUCACAAUGCAGGGCUUGCUGGAUUCAAGGCCUCUCUACUCGAUCCGGUACAACAGCAACAACGCGACCUUCGCGCCCCAGUUACUGCUCUGAACCUUGUUAGCAGAGCGUACAAGUCUGUUGACAAGUCACAAGAGUUUCCUGGGUGGGUGUCGGAUAUAUCCUCAUUGUUAUCAAUAGCUUGCCAGCAGGAGGGUGAUUUCGAAACUUCUGGACAGAUCAUGGAGCUUGCGGUCAACCACGGUGUCAUCAAAGAAGGUAGCACUCUGGCCCAGCGUCUCGUUGAGGUUAUUGAAUCACUAGUGGCCCCGGAGAACUUGCAAGGGCUCUCUAACAAGAAUCUCGCCGAUCGAUUGCACUUGGCGGCAAGAUUAUACAUGGGCAACGUCGAACUGCUGCCACCGGAGCAGUCAACGCUACGAUUUGACUAUGUCCGAGUCGGAAAGAAUAUUAUCGGCUGUGCUCUAGAGGCAAGAUGUUCAAUCGACUUUCUGCAGGUCAUCCAACAAGUAUCUAGUCGAAACCAGGACAAGCUUGGAACCGUGGUCUGGUCCAUGCUGCAGCUUGUGGCACACAACCAGCACAUUCCGGCCAUCGAUGUGUUCCUAGGGAUUUUCGCCAAACUCGAUCACACCUCGACGUACUCCAAGCGAAUUUGCGCUGAUAUUGUUAAGGCGGUUAUUGCUUCCCGAGGCUACGAGUGUCGUGAGGUUCUCAGGGCAAUCAACCAGCUCAGGGACCGCGAUGGCUGGGAUAUGCCAAGGCUAUGGCUGAGAGACCUACUUUGGGUUUACUGGAAUUCGACCUGCAAUUUCGCGGACACCCUUCAACUCUAUGACGACGCACUGGAAGCCAAUUUUUACGGAAUCGAUAAUACCUACGACAUCCGAUCUAGGAUGGUGCGUAUCUGCAUCGAAGCCAACCAAGUCGAUAAGGCACGAGUACACCUGGAACAUCUCAUGGCGAAGUAUCCAAAGGCUCAGCAAGACGUCGAAAUUCUGGUCCGCGCCGAUUUCGAGAUCAUGAAGCCGAUGCAGUCUGUUUCCAAGCAUAAUCAAGAGCAUUUCAAACGUGUCUUUGUAGCAACACUGGAAACGUACGCAAAGACCCACACAUGGGGUGAGGUCGAAACGUUUCUCGAGACGUACAUCCCCGAGUUCGGUCUGAGUCUUGAUCGUCACUUGGUAACAUUCAUCGCCGACAGACAUGCAAAAUGUCGCGAUGUUCAGGCGCUUAAGCGAUGGCUGAUAUUCUGCAAGGAUGCCGGGUACACGACAGACGGCAGCUUUUGGGCCUCCAUGCUGACCAGUUGUAAGAGAGACUGGAAAUACGAUAGCCAACAGAUCCUAAGUCUCUAUCGCGCCAUGAAGGGUGCCAGCUUCGACGACGCCUUCCCCGACAUCGAGCAGUGUGUGAAGAACCUCACGCUGACCAACACUAUUGAGCGGUCGAAACGAGUCCGAGUGACGGCUUAUAUGGUGAGCCCCGCUAACGAGGCGUCGGCUUUUGAGCUCAUGAAGGCCGAGGCCCAGCUUGGCAACUGGAGGCGCGUGCUAGGCGUCUACAAGCGUGCUUUGCACAACGGUAUGGGACACACGAGUCGGUGUCUCAAACUGGCUGUUAGGGCGACGGUCCACUUCGAAGGCUCCAGGAGUAAGCAAGCCAUGUCGCUGCUGAGCAAGGCACAAGCCGAAGGCUGCGACGUAAGUGAAGCCAUGUAUCCGAUCGUCUUCACACAGCUCGAGGAAAUCGAAAAGGCGCACAAAGCAACUGCCGCGGGCCGCGAGGACGGCCGGGGCCGGCCCUUUCCCUACAUCAAGGCCAUCUUCGACGACCUGCGAGGCAGGCAGCUGCAUAUUGACGACGGCCUGUUCAACCGGGCGGCCCGGAUUUGCCAGGCCCUUCGCAACUACCGGGAGAUGAUCAGCUUCUGCAUCAUCGCCGCUGAGGUCAACGGCCGCAACGACCUCUGCUACAACGUACACAACUUCUCCAACCUCUUGACCGCGUACGUCCUCCGCCACGAGUAUGAUAAGGUGCGCUGGCUCCUCACUGAGCUCAAGAGCCGCGAGUACCGCACCUCGAGAGAGUGCCGGCGUGCCCUGCACUGGGCGCUCAACUACCUCAAGCAGAGCUCGCAGGCCGCCAAGUCGGAGGAAUUCAGGAAGUCGGACCUAGAGAUCAUGGCCCUUGUACAUGAGGCCCGCAUCGCCGUCGGCGAUGAGAACCGCGGCCAGAAGGCCGAGGCACGCGAGGUGCUCCUCAACGCCAUCUCCCGGGCCGGCGUCAAGGCCAACCGCGCUGGCAAGGCCGCGAGUCUCGCGCCGGCUGCCCAGGCAGAGGAGCAGACGUGGGCCGCGAUGAGCGAUGGAGGCGAUGCCGACGACGCGCCUUCCCCUCCUCCCCCGGCCAGAACCGUCAGACGAAUACGCGUGGGGCAGAAUACCAAGGAGCGUGGCCCGGCAAGAACGGAGGUCCGGCCGGCCAAGGGGGCAUGGUCGUGGAGCUCGGCCAGUGUUAGAUAG